GAGAGCCAGCGCAGACUCCAUCCUCGCCCUCCUCCACUUCUCUUCCCAGGCCCUUUCACUUCCCGUCGAGUCACCAUCACAUACACAGCUGCGCUUCCGCCUCUCCUCUCCUCCACCUCGUUUCCUCCAGAUGGCAGAACAGAGGCAGGAAGACAAGGGUUGAGCGCGAACGGGACAUGGACGUGAACACAACAUGUACACAAGGCAACAACACUUUAUGUCAAGAUGAAGGCAGCGGCGGCGAGGAGAAUGCCACUUGGGCUGGAGGCGGCGGCGGCGGCGGCGGCGGCGUUGGAGGGGGUGGGGGCGGCUUCCAGGGGGGCGUGGGGGGGCGAGGGGGGCGCAGGGGGCACGACUGGCCGCUGGUGAGGGAGGAGCUGCAGUGGGCGUUCCCCGUUCACAUUUACGGCUUCGCUUGUCUCUUCUUCAUGCUCGCCUUCUACACGUUCUUCUCCAUCUUGAAUUUGAGGUCACAGAUCUCAAACCGUCCAUUCAUGUCAACCAUCAACGUGUUCUUGUGUGUGUUGGGGGUGACGCGGGCCGCCUGCUUCCUCAUCGACCCCUACACUUCCGGCCAGGUGAUGCCCGGCUUCCUGGGGUCCGUAAUGUGGGACGUAGGCUACCCCUGCAUCCUGUCCGCCUUCAGCCUCAUCCAGCUCGCCUUCUCUCAACUCACACAGGUAAAGUUUCGCCCGGAGACACUGAGGCGAAAGUCAGCGCUGAGCCUCGUCAUCACCACACACUUCGCGCUGGUGCUGGGCUCUGACAUCGUGACGGCCUUCGAGAGUCACUUGCAGGUGGUGAGGUGGGUGGUGCAGACAGUGUUCCUGAGCUGGGGGUUGGUGCUGUGCGUGACCUUCCUCUACGGGGGCGCCAGGAUCCUGCGCCUCCUACAGAACAUCCCGCACUCGGCCUUCCAAGGGAGUGACGGCACGGCGAGCAACAGCAAGGGCAUCCUCCAGCUGGCCCUCCUGGCGCAGUGCAACAACAUCGCGUCCUCGGUGCUGACGGCCGCCGCGCCCUCGCUGCUCACGCCCAAAAUCAAGAUUACAGACGAGCACGACCACACCUUCUCAUACGUGUCCGACUCCCGCCACGCCUCCAGCGACUUGGAGUCCGGCCCUGCCUCCCGCCGCCCCUCCCCCCGCUCCUCCAUCAGCGGGGACUGCGCGGGGGGCGGCACCUCCGUCCCCUCCACCUCAGGCCUGCGGAGCCACGACACGGGAGCCUCGGACAUCGAGGAGGAGAACGAGGACCAGGACUCCCUCGUGUCGCCCACCCUCUCCAGGAAGAGUGUGGGCGGCGGCGGGGCGGAGCGGGGCUGCGACUCCCCGAAGCAGCAGCCGUCGCCGCCCCGCAGCCCGCGAUCCCGCAAGAAGGAGAGCGUGAAGGGCGGGCGGCGCGCCAGGGUCCGGGGCUGCGAGGGCGAGCGGUGCGGCGACAUCAUCAUCAAGGUGGAGGACGUGGAGGGCGAGGGCGAGGGGUCUUCCGGGGGCGAGGGGCCCUCCGGCGGCGGGGGCGGCAGGAGCUCACCCGUGGGAGGGGCGGCGGCGGGGAAAGGCGCUUCGUGCCCUGACGGGGAACACGGGUGUGGCGAGGCGCGGCGCCACGUGAAGGUGGCGCGGGAAGGCAAAUUGUCACGGGAGGAGCGGGAGGAGCGGGAGGCACUAGUCAGCCGGGCGGGGCGGGAAGGCAAGGAGGGGCGUGACGGGACCGUGCAGCGCGCCUCCUCCCUCAGGUCCGUGGGGUCCUCGGGGCGGGGCGCGGGGCAGGAGGCUGGGCGGGGCGGGUCUUCUCGGAGGAGCAGCGCCUCAGAGGCGGGCGCGUUGACGAGUGACUCUGAGGUGCCGCGCAGCCCCGGCGAGUCGGAGCAACGCACGGCGCUGCUGCUGGCGGAGGAGGCGCCGCCCAAGCGGAAGAAGAGCCUCACGUGGUCUGAGGACACCCCCACACCUGACAUGUCGGACAAAGAGACUCGCGGCGGGGCGCCCUACCUGGAGGAGACAGAGACGCCGCCCCGCGACACCCGCCGCCGCGCCAGCAGCUCCAGCCGCCGCAGCAGCCGCGGCGGAGAGAAGAAAAAACUGCGACACACCCGGUCGUGCGAGCUGGGCGAGGCGGCGGCGCGGCGGCGGAGCAGCGGCCUGUCCUCUGCCUCCAGCCAGACCCACGGCUUCCCGGGGCCGGGGCCCAGCCUGCCACGGCCGGGGCUCUCCUCCCCCUCCAGCGUGCGGCGCGGCAGCCGACGCAGCGUCAAGGACGAGGCCGAGGUGGAGGCGCUGCUGGCGCGCUCCCCGAACGGCCGCCAGGACGUGACGCUCUCGUCCAUCCUCAACCACAUCGCCUACGUCAACCAGGCCGCCGCCUCCACGCGCCUGCCCGCCUCCUUCAAGGACUCGCGCAAGGCCCAGGUGCAGCAGGUAUUACUGGUGACCUACGUGACGGCUGUCCUGGGCACGCUGCUGUCCCUGGCGCUGGUCUACGGGUUGUACCGCCACUUCACCGCCAUCACGCACCUCCGGCGGCCCGCCUGGCUCUGGUUCGUCUACGAGUCCAGUUGUCGCUUCCUCGAGUUUCUGAUGGGCUGUGCGAUGGCCAACAUCACGCGGCAGCCGGUCAACAGACACCCCCAGUACCCUUACUCGCUCCGAAUCAAGCAGAGAAACUCCCUCUACAUGUGAGCUGAAGAGGAGGCAUUUCCAGUACUUUUUCUAUCUCCCUCUGUGAGUUGGAGGGAAAGAGAGGAGAUGAAAGACACCAGCUAUACUUUUAUGAUCUCCGUUUAGACCAGUGGUUCCCAGCCAGGGGUCCAUGGAAAAUUUUCAAGGGGUCCACAGAGAUUCCAGUUACUUUUAAAUUUAUUAUAAUGAAAUUAGGAGACUUGUGGCUCGGAAUAAAAUUCAUACUAGUGUACACAAUCCUUAAAACUGAAUGCUUAAAUAUUAGAAUUACUCUGUAUUAGCUAACGGUACCAGGGGUGUCAAACCCACGUCCUACGUGACAAAUUUGGCCCUUGUUGUAGGGGUCCACGGGUGAAAAAAUGACCGGAAAAGGGGGAACGGGACAAAAAAGGUUGGGAACCACUGGUUUAGACAGAGAAGCUUCCUCUACAUGUGAGCUGAAGAAGAGGCAUCUCCAGUACUUUUCCUCUCUCCCUCUGUGAGUUGGAGGGAAAGGGAAAGAGAGGAGAUGAAAGACACCAACUGUACCUUCAUUGUCUCCAUUUUAAGCUGAGAAUCUCCCUCUUUGUGAAGGACGGAGAGGAGAGGAGCUAAAAACAUUUCCAGUAGUUAUCCUCUUUCCCUCUGUGAGUUGGAGGGAAGAAGGGAAGAUUACGGACGACAGCAGUACCUUUUUUUUAUCUCCGUAUUAAGCUGAGAAUCUCCCUUUAUUUGUGAGCCGGAGAGGAGAGAAGAAAGAAACCAAGGGACAUUUCCGCUACUUUUUCUCUCUCCCUCUGUGAGUUGGAGGGAAGGAGAGGAGAUGAACAACAACAGUACCCUUACUCUCUCCGAAUUAGGCAGAGACACUCCCUCUAUUUGUGAGCUGCAGGGAAGGAGGGGACCUAAAGGGCACCCUCCGUAAUACCCUGAGAAAGUCCCCCCCUCGAACGCCCCUCAAGGAUAUCGCGCCCGCCCUUCCCCUAACUUCUGGAACCACUGGUCUAAAGGAAGGGAGGAUUGCUUAGCUGCAGGGAAGUUCUUUUUUGUAGUUACCACUUCAGACUCACCCUCAACCCCCUUCCCAAUCCCUCAAUGAAGUGUUUGUUGAUGGCCUGCCUAUUUACCGACCUGCCUGCCUGCCUAUACCUGCCCGCCUGCCUGCUCUCCCCAUCACCCCAAAUCAACUCCAGUCUUUUGUAAAUAAUGAGUGUCUGUGUGUAACUGUGUUCGUGUGUCUGUCUGACGGAGGAAAAAAAAAGUGGUGGUGUUUUGUACCGUAUUAAUGACACUGACAUUAAAGUGUAUAUUAAUUAAGGUGAAGGAAGCAAUGUAAGAUAUAAACACACUUGGAAAACAAAGGAGAAAAAAGAGAAAAAAAAGGAAGAGGAGAGAAGAAGAAGGGGAAAAUAAUAGAUUAGUGCCGAUAAAAUGGAAUAUGGACUGACAUAUUUUUUGCUGUAUUAUGAAAAAUAUGUGAUAUGAAUGUGAACCCAAAAAAUAUUUGUAAGAUAUUCUAGACAUACAGUGGGAAGAGGAAAACGAAAGGAAAUAUAUAAAAGAAAAAGGGAUAGGAGAAAAGAAAUGAGAAAAGCACUGACAACAAAAUAUAAUAAUUGUAAGAUAUAAGACACAAAGCGGGCAAAAAAAAAGAAGAAAAGAAAAACAGGAAAAGAAUGAGUCAAGGACCAAAAAAAAUGUAAGAUAUUAUACACAAACGGUGAGGGAAAGAAAAAAUGGAAAGUGAAGGAAGAAGAGGAGAAUACAACGGAAAAAAGAAAAAAAAAAAAGAAAAACAGGAAGAGAAUGAGUCAAGCCCCGAAAAAAAAUGUAAGAUAUUAUACACAAACGGCGAGGGAAAGAAAAAAUGAAGAGUGAAAGAAGAUGAAGAAGAGGAGAAUACAACGGGCCAAAAAAAAAAAAAAAAAAAGAAACCAAAAAUGUAAGAUAUUAUACACAAACGGCGAGGGAAAGAAAAAAUGAAGAGUGAAAGAAGAUGAAGAAGAGGAGGAGAAUACAAGAGAAGAACAAACUAAGACCGAAAUACAAAGAGGUCAGCAAAAUGAACACAAACAAACCCGUCUCCCAAGAGUUUGCAAAAAUAAGUAUUAACAAAUAUUGAAGCUGUCGGGAGUGAGUUCGGAAUAUUGAAAAAAAGAAAAAAAAAGUUGGAGUGGUAAUUUAUGUUCAUUUUUUCGUGCGUGUCCGUGUGUGUGUGUGUGUGUGUGUGUGUGUGUGUGUGUGUGUGUCCUUCACUGUCUGUCACGUCAUUCUGUACCCCUUAAUCCCAUCUCUCUCUCUCUCUCUCUCUCUCUCUCUCUCUCUCUCUCUCUCUCUCUCUCUCUCUCUCUCUCUCUCUCUCUCUCGUCGUAUUUUGAUGUUACACUGCUCUUCCCAUAUUUCCAGCUUGCCUAUGGUGGAUUUUCCCUCGACCUUAUUUUGUAUCAUAGACUCCAUAAUUUGAGAUGUAUUUAGUGUGUGCGGGAGGGAGGGAGGGGGGAGGGGCAGGGGAGGGAGGGAAGGGAGGACAGGGAGGGGAUGAGGGGAUGAAAAAUAAACAAUAGAGGAAGAUGUUCAAUGUGAUAAUGUGAGCUGGAUAUAGUCUGUGAUGCCACUUUAAACGCUCUCUCUCUCUCUCUCUCUCUCUCUCUCUCUCUCUCUCUCUCUCUCUCUCUCUCUCUCUCUCUCUCUCUCU